AACGAAAUUUCCUCCUUUUUCCAUAUAAAUUAACCCUCAAAUUUCCAAUUCAUCCAAUUUUUUAUAAUUUUUAUGUUUUACUAUUUUCUUUUAGUUUUAAUCAAUUGAUUUCAAUUUAAUUUAAAUUAAAAAACAUAUACAUAUUAUACAAUGGCUAUCACAGUUGGUAUUAACGGUUUCGGUCGUAUUGGUCGUUUAGUCCUUAGAAUUGCUUUAGCAAGAAAAGAUAUUACAGUUGUUGCUGUCAAUGAUCCAUUCAUUGCUCCAGAUUAUGCUGCUUAUAUGUUCAAAUAUGAUUCUACUCAUGGUAGAUAUGAUGGUGAAGUUACCUCUGAAGGUGAUUCUUUAGUUAUUGAUGGUCACGCCAUUAAAGUUUUCCAAGAAAGAGAUCCAGCUUCCAUUCCAUGGGGUAAAGCUGGUGUUGAUUACGUUAUUGAAUCAACCGGUGUUUUCACCACCUUAGAAGGUGCUCAAAAACAUAUUACUGGUGGUGCUAAAAAAGUUAUUAUCACUGCUCCAUCUUCUGAUGCUCCAAUGUUUGUUGUUGGUGUUAACUCUGAUAAAUAUACUUCAGAUUUAAACAUUAUUUCAAAUGCUUCUUGUACUACCAAUUGUUUAGCUCCAUUAGCUAAAGUUAUUAAUGAUAAAUUUGGUAUUGAAGAAGGUUUAAUGACCACUGUUCAUUCCAUUACUGCCACUCAAAAAACUGUUGAUGGUCCAUCCCAUAAAGAUUGGAGAGGUGGUAGAACUGCUUCUGGUAACAUUAUUCCAUCUUCCACUGGUGCUGCUAAAGCCGUUGGUAAGGUUAUUCCAGAAUUAAAUGGUAAAUUAACCGGUAUGUCUUUAAGAGUUCCAACCGUUGAUGUUUCCGUUGUUGAUUUAACUGUUAGAUUAAAGAAACCAGCCACUUAUGAAGAAAUCUCUGCUGCCAUUAAAGCUGAAUCUCAAGGUGCUCUUAAAGGUGUAUUAGGUUACACUGAAGAUGCUGUUGUCUCUACCGAUUUCUUAGGUUCAUCAUACUCUUCAAUCUUUGAUCAAAAAGCUGGUAUUUUAUUAUCUCCAACCUUUGUUAAAUUAAUCUCUUGGUACGAUAAUGAAUUUGGUUACUCCACCAGAGUUGUUGAUUUAUUAGAACACGUUGCUAAAGUUUCUGCUUAACUAUCCACAAAGUUAUAAACAAGAUUAGUGAUUAAUUUAAUUUAUCAUUAAUCAAUUGCUUAUAAUGAGUUGAUUGAUUGGUUUAAGUUCCAGAUUAUUUUUAUAUAUAUAUAAUUGUUUUGAUAUAAUUUAUAUAACUUUUUAGCUUCAAAAAUGAUAAAUAUAUUGAUAUAUUUUUAA